CAAAAUUUCCAAACUGCCCAUCUUCCUUAGAUUAGACUUUCAUAGCUUUAUAACCUUUUUUGUGCUAAACACAUAAUAAGCUAUUUAGAUAUCCAAGCAGAAAGGUUCUGAAACUCAAAUAGCAGAACCAAAAGGGUCCCUUCAUCUUAUCUAUGCACUCCUGGUUUUACUACAUAUGCAAACUUCAAUUGGAUCCAAUUCAACAACAACUGAUGAUGGAGUUAAGUGCAUAAAGAACGAAAGACAAGCUCUUCUUGCAUUUAAGCAAGGUCUGGUUGAUGAACAUGGAUGGCUUUCCUCAUGGGGCAGUGAAGAAGAGAAAAAGAAUUGCUGUGAAUGGGAAGGAGUUCAAUGUAGCAACACAACUGGGCACAUCACUGUGCUUAAUUUAACCACAUAUUCGUAUGACCUUUAUUUUAUCUUAAGAGGUAACCUUAGUCCUUCUCUAUUUGAGUUGCAGCAUUUAAUUUAUUUAGACCUCAGUGGGAAUAAUUUCAAUUUAAGCCACAUUCCAGAGUCUAUUGGUUCACUUAACAAAAUACACCAUCUUGAUCUCAAUUAUUGUAAUCUAAGUGGAUCUCUUCCUAGUCAGCUUGCAAACCUCACAAGUCUGCAAUAUCUUGAUCUUGGCUAUAAUAACUUCAACAGUGUCAAAAAUCUUGAGUGGCUCUCUCAUCUUUCUUACUUGCAAUACCUUGAUUUGAGUAGAAUCGACCUUAGUAAGGUCAACAAUGACUGGCUGCAAUAUUUCCCCAUAAUUAAUACUUCUAGUACUUCUCUCAUUUACCUUAAUCUAGGAGGCAACAAUUUGACUACUUCUGCAUUCGAAUGGUUGUUCAAUUUUAGCAACAGCCUUGUCAGUCUCUCUUUGUAUUCUAAUCAAUUUCGAGGGCCAAUUCCUGAAACUUUUAGUUGCAUGACUCUCCUAGAGGAGCUAAUUUUCUCGAAUAAUCAAUUGGAAGGGGGGAUUCCAAAAUCCUUUGGGAACCUGUGCAAAUUAAGGUACCUAGAGCUAUAUGAUAACCAUCUUGAUGGAAUGCUUCUUGAACUCAUUGGUAACUUAUCUGGAUGUCUACAACUCUCCUUGGAAGAAUUGUGUUUGGGUGGAAAUAAAAUCAAGGGACCCUUGCCUGAUAUGAUAAAAAACUUCCACUCACUGCGAGUGUUGGAUCUUUUCAAUACUCAACUAAGUGGUACUGUGCCCGAAAGUAUUGGACUCCUAUCAAACCUUGAUGGCUUAUAUAUUUCUUCCAAUUCUUUGAAUGGGACGAUCAAUGAAUCACACUUUUCAACACUAUCUAAGUUACGAGGGUUGGGCAUGUCUUCUAGUUCUUUGAGCAUCAACUUUAGCAAUGACUGGAUUCCUCCAUUCCAGUUGCAAUAUAUAAGACUUGGGUCGUGCAAGUUGGGCCCAAGCUUUCCAAGCUGGUUAAAGUCCCAUAGAAAUUUUUCUUAUCUUGAUAUCUCUGAAAGUGGAAUUUCAGAUAGCAUUCCAGAGUGGUUUUGGAACCUAUCUUCUAGGGUAGUUUAUGUGAAUCUUGCUUCCAACCAUAUCUCUGGAAAUUUGCCAGAUUUGUCAACAAAAUUUUCUCAUUCUUUUCCCCCUGGGAUAGAUUUGAGUAAAAACGAGUUGGAGGGUCCAUUGCCAGUAUUACCUGUUAAUGUCACAUCCAUAAACCUAUCAGAAAAUAGGUUCUCUGGGUCAAUUUCUUCUCUCUGUACUAUAACUGGUGGGACAAUUCAGUUCCUUGAUGUUUCGCACAAUCAACUAUCUGGAGAGUUUCCUGAUUGCAUAACACAAUGGACAAGUCUAGAGAUUCUGAAUUUGGCUAAUAAUCAUUUAGUUGGGAAAAUUCCAAACUCUAUUGGAUCUUUGUAUUAUCUUGAAUCGUUGGCUUUGCAAAACAACAGUUUCUCUGGAGAAAUACCUCAGUCUCUAGGAAAUUGCAGUGCCUUGCAAUUUCUGGACUUGAAUUAUAAUAACUUCUCUGGGAAAAUACCAACCUGGAUUGGAGAAAGGCUAAGUUCACUAAGUUUCCUUCUCCUGAGGUCCAAUAAUUUCAGUGGAGACAUCCCCUUGAAGCUAUGCUGGUUGAAAAAUAUUACGGUGCUAGACCUCUCCAACAACAAUCUAUCUGGAAACAUACCAUCGUGCAUCCAGAAUCUGACCACAUUAGCUCAAAAGGAGAGUUCAGCCAUUGAUUAUUAUUUUGCAGUUUCAUAUCCUGAUGGUAAUGGCUAUUACAAAGGAUUCUAUGUUGACAAAGCAUCUGUAAUGUGGAAAGGAAUGGAGCGUGAUUAUGAGAAUGGAAAUCUCAAGACUCUAAAGAUUAUUGAUCUUUCAAGCAACAAAUUAACAGGAAAGAUUCCAGUCGAGGUAUCUGUUCUCUCGGGACUGGUUCAAUUGAACUUAUCAAGAAAUCAGUUGACGGGAUGGAUUCCUUCAAAGAUUGGGCAGAUGAGACAGUUAGAAUCACUUGAUCUGUCACAGAACCAGCUUUCAGGUCAUCUUCCUGGGAGCAUGUCCCAAUUAAAUUUCCUCAGCACUUUGAAUCUAUCGUACAACAACUUUUCAUGGAGAAUCCCAUUAUCAACCCAAAUGCAGUCCUUUAAUGCUUCUGCAUUUGUUGGUAAUCCUUUACUCUGUGGACUUCCUCUGACACCAACUUGCCCGGGAGAUGAAAAAUCAAAGAGCAAAUCAACAGAUAGUGGUGGCAAAGACAAUCAAGAAGACACAGCUGAAUUUUGGAAAUCAUUUAAACCGGGUAUCGAACUUGGAGCGGCAAUCGGCUUUGUGGGAGUUCUGGCUGUGAAGUUAGAUCAUCCAUGGAAACAUCUCUGUUUCCUGUUGUUCAACAACGUGAGGGUCCGCUUCAGCAACUUGAAGGACUGCCUUUAUUUACUUGUAGCAGCAGUUGGUUUGCUGGUGACAGAACAUGUAUCCAGAUUGGGAAGAAAGUUGAAGUUGUAUGAGGCAUCAGUCUCUUCCUAGAGGCCGAUAAAGGUUCAAGAUGUUUCAUCUUGCAAGGUGAACUUCCAGGAUGUCUUCUCCUCUGUCCGCAUCAAUAAGUCCAAGCUGAGCAGGGCAUUGUUUCUUCCUUUAUUUAUAAGUGUGUCUGGUUGAAAGGUCUGUUUAAAUUAAAUGGUUUGCGCUUUUUCUUCGAUCGUCUAUUUUGUAAUAAUUUGCUUGAAACUCAUAUGCAAUAUGGAUUUGUAUUCUGUAAUUUAACAAAGUCUGCAACCUGGA